AGCUAGACAGGGGCAUCCUUCCAACAGAACCACCAGUGCACAAGGGAAAACAGUAAACCUGUCUUUUCUUUCAGGAACGUCAUGAUCGAAACAGCAACUUUCAAGCUCCAGACAAGACUUCUGCCUGCUAAUUUCUGUUUAAAUGAGUUCGUAUAAGAAAUUAAGCAAGUUUGAAGAGCCUAUUAUUUCUGACAGGCUUCAGAGGACUUUGUGCUGUGCAAGUGUUACGUGCUUAUAGCUGACAGCUUGCUGGGGAGAUGAGUUCUCAAUCUAAAACUGGCCAGGGCUUUGCAGCAACUUCUUGGGCAGAGAGAUAACUUUCAACUGAACUCAAACCAUCUGCGUGUUGUGCAAGGGAUCCAAUCAUAACUUGCUAUGGAGGAUGAUUUUUAAGAUGAAUACCUACCUUGGUGAUAAAUCCAAUUCAUCAAUACCUGGAUAUUUGAAAGUGUCUCCACUAAAUAAUGGAAAUCUUUCUGCAAACAACUCCAAUGAGACAGCAAGCAAUCUGGAUUCACCUGCCUUGGAUAUCAGUAGGGCAAUAAUUGUGGGGCUUAUCCUAGGUGCCUUUAUACUCUUUGCUAUUAUAGGUAAUAUCCUGGUAAUUCUCUCUGUUGCUUGCAAUAGACAUUUAAGAAUUCCUACAAACUAUUUCAUAAUUAACCUCGCAAUAGCAGAUUUGUUGCUGAGUUUUACUGUCCUUCCGUUCUCUGCUACACUGGAAAUUCUUGGCUACUGGGUUUUGGGGAGGAUAUUUUGUGAUAUCUGGGCAGCAGUUGAUGUGUUGUGCUGUACAGCUUCUAUUUUAAGUCUAUGUGCAAUUUCUAUAGAUAGAUAUAUAGGGGUACGUUAUUCUCUCCAGUAUCCAACUUUGGUAACAAGAAGAAGGGCAAUUUUAGCUCUGCUAGGUGUCUGGGUCCUUUCCAUGGUGAUUUCUAUUGGGCCUCUUUUGGGUUGGAAAGAACCAGCACCCAAGGACGAUAAAGAAUGCCGUAUCACUGAAGAACCAUUCUAUGCUUUGUUUUCUUCCUUGGGAUCAUUUUACAUUCCUUUAAUCGUCAUCCUCGUGAUGUACUGUCGGGUCUACAUAGUGGCAAAAAGGACUACUAAAAACCUGGAAGCUGGGGUUAUGAAAGAAAUGUCCAAAUCCAAGGAGUUGACUUUACGGAUUCAUUACAGGAACAUUCACGAGGACACAUUAAACAGCACCAAAUCCAAGGGUCACAAUCCCAGGAACUCCUUAGCUUUCAAACUUUUUAAAUUCUCUAGAGAAAAGAAGGCAGCCAAGACACUGGGAAUUGUGGUUGGCAUGUUCAUUUUGUGCUGGCUUCCUUUCUUCAUUGUUCUGCCACUAGGAUCUCUGUUCUCGGCUCUGAAGCCCCCUGAAACGAUCUUCAAGGUGAUCUUUUGGCUUGGCUACUUUAACAGCUGCUUGAAUCCAAUCAUCUACCCUUGCUCAAGCAAAGAAUUCAAGAGGGCUUUUAUACAGAUCCUAAAAUGCCAGUGCCACCGCCGAAAGCAGUUGGGGUGGUGGGCCUACAGCUACAGAAACUGGAAUCGGUGCUCCUUUGAACACCCUAGGAAGGACUCUCUGGAAGACAGUGGGAGUUUCCUAAGUGGCAGUCAGAGGACAUUAUCUUCAGCAUCUCCCAGCCCUGGCUACCUGAGCAAAAUCACUCACCCACAUAUGGAGAUGUGCACAUUCCAGGAAUGGAAAAACUCCAGCUCCUUCCUGAGUCCCUUACAGGAAGGCAGCAAACAAAAGGACCCAUGCCAGUUCUUUACCUUCAAUCUCUUAACAGAACGCAAUGGAUACGUUCCUGCAGGCAGCCAAGCUUCCAGCAAUGGGGACCAUGAGGGCAUCUGUGACACACUGAAUGGUAAAAACAACUGUAGAGCAAACACGAUGCUGGAAUGAACAGAUUCUAAAUGGUCUGUUCUCUUUGUAUGCUAACUUGUUUGAUGUUUAGCCCAGGUGAAGAAAUGGACC